GCCUGAUGGUAGUAGUUGCCUUUGUUAGGUUCGUCAGUUCUUUGGUGUUUCGCACGUCUUGUUCUUACCGUGAAAGUAUCUCCGACUUACGAGUAUAUUGAAUUCCUUUUGAAAUGAGCUAAAAUUUUUGGUAUCGAAUCACUAGAAUUCCGUUUAGUGGCUUGUGGUACAGGGCAGUGCAAUGGAAUGAAGAAAGCUUGGCUGAAUUUACUACAACAGCACGAGAAAGAAAGGCAAUGUUAAGUAAUCUCGCGUAUCAAUGCGAAGAAAUCGUGUUCCUUUCCUGUGAAUCAGAUCGUAGUACGUGAAAUUCAAUUUAAAUUUAACAGCAUCGGUCCUAAUAAUUGAAGAGAAAAAUACGCUCUCCCGUCAAAUAUGAGAGCAAAUUACAGAAGUGUAUCUAAAACAAAUUGGAAAUGAAAUUGAAAAUGAAAAUGAAAAUGAAAAAGUGUGUCGUGUCAAAGAGUACAAGCUACUGCUGCACUCAAACAAAUAGUUCCGAAAAUAAUGUUUUCAACGCAAAUUUAAAGAAAGACGUUUAAUUGUUUUUCUCGUGCCCCUCAAUGAAUAAUAUUUUGUGAACAUCUGACUUUUGAAUGGUAUCCAAUGAGAGCGGAACCGCGCUAAGCCGUACUAGGCUUUAUGGAUGAUUUAUCAUUACGAUUUCACAGAAACGAAAUGAAACCGUUCCAAGGGAUUCUACCAAAAAUAGAGUUUGUAAGCAGUGAAUAGCUAUGCAGUUUCAAGGUUAAUCGUGUUCACAAGAGAACUAAAUAUGAGCAUGUGUUUAGCAGGUUGGAGCUUUUAUCCGUGUAGCUACUCUCCAUUGCAGCCGUUUGCACUGAAAACCUCGCUUUAACUAAAUAUUUGCCUGACAACGCUGCUAACGACGGUACGCUUACAAGUGCAAGUUUAACCAAUAACAACGCUAAAUGCUGUAAAUGGAAAGCGUAAAUAACAGUUUUGGCCGUAAUUAUCCUGCUAAAAAGAGGUCAAAUUUUGUCUCGAAGUAAAGAUUUGGAAAACCACUGAAAUUCAAAAAUAACUCUGCGUCACCGGUUAAUGUAUGUAUGUAUGAACCAAUUAAAUAUUCAAAUUCAUAUGUAAAAGAACAUAAGUAGAAUUUGCGAAAGAGAGAAAGGAGAAUUGCAACUAUUAGCUCUACAAUACUAUCGCCAAAUAUAUUAAUAAAAUAUGAUGGGGCCAUGAGCCCAUCAUUAUUUGAAUUGAAUUCGAGUCGCAAGCGCGUCUCAAGCGGGCCUGCACCAUGCUAGCACCGCCGAACCCGAGGUCAAUAUGCGGCCAGGACCCGGGCUGGUCGUGAUGGCGCUUGCGUUUAUUUCGGGGGCUCGGCGUGGCAGCACCAGCACCAGCACCAGUUCAAAAUCAUCUUCAUUAUCAACUACCACAUCAAAAUCACCACCAGAGGAUCUUCUCACCACUUCAACACCCUACAACGACCUUGAGCUACUAUCGACUUCUCUCCUGUUUCCGACAUAUCUCGGUGGAGGUGGCGUGUCAACUUCAACUGAUACAAAUAUAUUGUCCAAGCAGCCUCAGCAAGAAACUGAAAGAGAAAAUUUUAGAAAGGACGAUUACAUCAACACAUACAACAGCUACUCUUAUCCACCCCCAUUUGUUCCACCAAGAGAUAAAACAACCCACGACGAUCAGCACUUACGGCUGGAAACACUCUCCGGGCUAAAGUCAUCUUCACGUGCAACUAGACAAACGAGAAUAAUACGAAGCUUAAGCCGAGUCGAAAGAAAUCAAAACGAAAACAUAGACGGCGAAAGUGGCAACACUGAUAGCACUAUUGGCGAUAACGUGAAUAAUCGGGAUAGUGCUGCGGAAACUGAAAGUGGUAGUGGUGGGUAUGAAAGCGAUGAUGGUACAACCAGCACAGAAGAUAAGAUUAGUGAGGGCAAUACUCCCACCUUAUCUAGAGUAAGCAAGAAUUCCAAAGAAUUUUCAGUAAAAGUCGCGUCUAAUUCACCGGAUGCAUCUCAAUCAUUCGAUGAGGAUGACAUAUUAGCCUUGGUUGCAGAGGAUGAUCUUUUGUCAGAAGAGUCCUUUGAUCGCCUUACGAAAAUCACAGAUGACAAAAUUGGUUACGUUAUUGUGGACGAUUACGACGUUACAAACGAAGACACGACUACCGGUGCGAGUGAGAGCUCUAUAGCUAGUGCUGCUGAAGAAACACAUCAGCUACUGCAAAACGGAAAAUACACAGCCAAUGAAAUAAAGGUUGACAGUGGAAUUAGUAGCGGGGGAAACAUUCACAUUCAAAAUGAACAAGAACAUGAAAACGGAAAAGCUUACAUAAAAGCAAACAUUGAUCCAAGCAUAAAUGGAAAGGUAUACGUAGAAACUAUCGAAAAGAGCCACGAUAGUUCAGCUGUCCUUGCCGAUCCUUUGUAUGUGGCCGCCUUUAAUGAGAAUGGUUUGAGCCACACAGUUGAUACGAACACUGCAAGCAGUGCACGAAAUAAUAAAUGGUCGAUAUUCGAUAGUGAGUCCCCAUUAACUCGACUUAAUCCGUGGAUAUCAGCCUGUGAUCUUGCCCAACCUGGGACAGCACCAGAUUUACAGGGCCAAUGCUCAGCUGGUACAUUGCCUGUUGCAUGGGUCGAUGAAGGUCCUGGACCCCCAAUUUGUCCAGAUUCGUGCGAAAAACUAAAGCCAAAUGUAGUUAAUAAUUUUAAAACAAAACCUAACACAGAUAACAGUAAUUUAAUAAAUAACUAUAAAGUAAAUAUUAAGUCAUCUAUUAAAAACCAUUAUGAAAACCCAAAAAUGUCCAAAACUCGCCGGGAUUUGAACAAUUUAAAAGGUAACAAAGGCAACCAAACAUCCAACAAGGAUCCAAGUUUUCUAGUCGCAGGUAAAUCGGAACUAUCAAGAAAUCAAUUGUUGAAUAGAUCACCAGAUUUCACUGUGAAAACCGAGCAAACCAAUCAUACCUCGACUAAAGUUACCUCUGUUAGUGACAACCGACAAGAACAAGCCGAGACGAUGAUGCCACUUGAAUAUUCCAAUUAUAACGACUUCGGAUCGAAAUACGAGAGUAAUAGUGAUGACAUAUAUAAAAAUAAACAAAAGAAACAAUUUUACGGCUAUAGAGAGCAACAGCAACAACAACAACAACAACAACAACGGAAAGAACAACAGUGCCUUGAUUACUUGGGCGAUACGGAGGAGACGAGUCCGGCGCACUUGUGUACAUUUAAAUCGCCCAGCGAACUGGCGGUUCAAUUGCGUUCACUGCGUCUGCGGCAUUGCUGCGAGCGUAAUGUCUUCAGCGCCCUCCACACAGUCGCCUUAAAUGCUACCUUGAGCGGCGGCGUGCAAUGCGUGCGUACCCUCAUGGAUGUUAUGGACUUGGACCUGCUAGCCACACGCAUCACAUGUGAAGUGGCUGAAAUACUUUUCCGCUUUGAUUGCCGGCAGGUUUAUUCCCUAAUCCACCAGUGUGAUGACUGUAAAGAGGCUUACCGACGUUGGGUCUGCAGUACUUUGGUACCAUAUUUCGCUGAGGAAAGCGAUAUUUCCGUAUCACCGAGCUAUACAACCAAAAUCAACAAUAAUAGCAAUAAACGAAAUAACAGUGAAAACGAUCAAUUGAAUAGCAACAAAAGCAUAACAAAAAAUGAAAAUACCAUACUAAAAGGCAUUACCAGCAAUAAAACCAGUCUCAUGUUUCCAAACGUAAACAACAAGGAUAUAUUGAACGAUACUGCAAAUAUCACCGGAGUUUCAGAGCAACGGGCGAAACGCGAACAAAACCGAAUUCUAGCGAAUACAUCCCCGCGUGACAAUGAUAGAGAAGUCGAUAGAAACUUCAUGCAAACUGCUUUGAAACGAAGAAGAAGGGAUGUGAAUGACAAAUGCAAUUGGCAGCAACAGCAGGAAAGGCAGCAAGGGAAACCAAAUAAUCCAGAACAACUACAACAAUCCAAUAUCUUCAUAUCGACUGCCAUUAAAGCGGAUCCAUGUAUUGAGGAUCCAGUGAUAUCAAAAAAAAUUAAGCGAUCUAAGCGAAAGGUGCAAUUUAGAAAACGAAGAAGAAUACGACCCUGCCUAAGUGUCUGCCAAACUGUUGAGCAGAAGUGCCCCUAUCUGCUCCCAGCUGAUCGAGCUCCAGCGCUGCCAACACAAUAUGCCGGCGAACCAACGUUUCUUUGCUUAGAUCAAAGCAUCCCGGAGACAGGCGAACAACUCCGCAAGUCCAGUUAUGGGCCCUCCGAAUGCUGCUAUAGUUAUUGUGAUAAUAUCGCGGAUGGAAUUUGCGCCUACUGUUAUGAGUUUGUUCAAGAAGCAGAUAGUAUAUUCACGAUUGGAAAUUCAACGCGGCGUUUACACAAUAUCACUAUAACAGCUACAAGUCAAUAUAAGCUAGAUGCUCGUUUGGAAGCAUCCUUGGCUAAAGACUCCACCAGUAAACUGGCAGCCAGCAUAUCGAUUGCACUGAACAAUAGCUCAGCCACCGCCGUUGGAGGUCAAAUCGAUCGUUUACCAUACUAUGCCCUCUAUGAUGGCAUUUAUUAUUAUGAUGAAAAUACCAGCGACAUGCCUGAUGUAGCAAUGUCGGAUGAUUGCCCACCAGUACCAUCGGUGACAAGCCGUUGCUCUAUACCGUACUAUGCCUCAUCGGCGUUGCCUAUUCGCCUCCAACAAAAAGCAGCUGUUAAGGAUGUGAUCGGGCAUCAUGUGCUACUACUGCUCAGCGCAAUGCUUUGUUUACUGACUAGCCACACCGCUGCAAUACAGUUAAAACAUUCGGCACACCCGAAUCAAAAAAAUCGUAAAUACUUGGUACAUGGCUCAAAGCCCUCAAAUAUUGCUAGCAUGUUAAUGGUAUCGAACUCCAAAGCCUCCUCUCCCAUAUAUACGAUCAAUAAAUGUAUGUAUUUGAUUCAACAUAGGACCGAAUGUCUUCAACAGUUUGCGGGGUUGGAAGACUAUGCAGUGAAACGAAAAAUUAUGAGAAGUGCCGAUUGCAGCAUUCCGACGGAAAACCCCACAGUGCCCACCAUCUUCUCUACAUAUUUAAGUGAAGAUACUUAUGAAAGUGAUACGAGUAGCAUCCGUCAUUACGUCCAGGAUUGUGGUAGACACAUAGUGAAAUGCCUAAGCAGAUAUGGAAGAGUUAUGUGUAGAAAUCGAAGCAAAAUUAAGGGAAAAAAGAAAAGUCGAAGAUCGUAUGGAAAUCAAAAUCGAAAUACUCAAGAGAGUGCAAAUAAAAUUACAAAUGGAAAAGUAAAUAGGAGUAAAACCACGAUCAAUAAAGUAUAUAGUACAUUUAAGAAAUUUAAUGAGAGUAAAAUUAGUAGUACCAAGUACACUGGUAACAUAAGAUAUAAGCACGUUCAGAUGAAUAUAGGAAAUAAUAUUAAAAUUACAUAUAGAUUAAAUAGCAAAUUGUAUUUUAAUAGUAAUACUAAAAUCUAUCGUAGGAAAAAGUGUAGUAAAUUUAGAAAUUUUAAUAUUGAUACCUUCACUGACUAUAAUAAUAAUCAUACUAAUCAUAUAAUUGUAGCAAAAACAUCAAAGCCCCAUACAAGAACAAAUGCAAACAGAAAUAUAAACAAAAAUAAUAAUUAUUAUAUUUACAAUUCUGGUUAUAAUAAGGAAAACUAUAAUUUUGACACAUUUAAGUCCAGAAACACAGAAACACAUUGUCACCUUUUUUACUACUAUAAUUUCAAUAUCAAUGAUUGGUGGCGGAGAUGGUGGAGGUUCUCUUCGUUACCGGUAGCCCAACGCCAACGUCUUUUCAUAUUAUAGUUUGUAGUGAAGCAACGAGAACAAAACCCAGCGCUUCAUUAGGCAAUGCAUUGCAGAGCGGAAACCCACAUACAUAUUACAUACUAAUAAACUGUAAUUAAAGAAUAAAAUAUCGCCUCCCAAAAAAACUAAUGUUUUAUUUUACAGAUUAAGACAUACAUACAUUAUCCUCCACCUUGAUCAUUUAAACUUCAUAUUAGUUUUUUAAUAUUAAUUAAUCAUAUAUAUGCUUCUGGAAUGGAUUUUAAAUUUUUAAUUUUUUGGAAAUAAAGUUAACCAGCAUACCUAUUUGCAGUGGUUCUCGUAUACCUUUAACGUAAAAAAGAAAUAUUUCACCUGCUAAUUUUCGUGUAGUUUGGAAUAUUGUUUGAGAAAAAAAAUUAUUAAUUAAAUUUAUAUUUGAAAAUUGUUUUUUUUUUUUUGUUUGUUCAACUAAAUAUUCACAGAUCUUUUAUAUAUUGGCAUUUAAGGAAAAUCAAUGCAGAGUCCAGAAUCCUUUCGAUUUUCAUUAUAUUUGCACAUUAUUUGUAAUCGUAAUGUUAAUUGAAAAUUAAUGGUUUGGCCAACAUUUACAAUAAGAAUAUAACAUAUAUAUAUAUAUACAAUAUGUAAGUUCGCAUGCAUAUACAAAAAUGUUCACUUCACAUAUACACAAUGUCAUCAUUCCAUCGUAGAUUUAAAUUAAAACAUUCAACAUUCAACACAUACAUACAUACGUGCAAUGUAAAUGAAGGAACAUAGUUCGACUUAUCUAAAAUAAAAUCUUUAUUAAAAAACAGAAUUUUCACACGCAUAAAUGAGACAUAUUUUAUUACGGUUAGAGAUAAAGCGAAGAGGAUAUAUUAAUAUUAAUAUUUAAACAAAAAACUGCCACAAGUUUAGUUUUAUAGGUAAAACCCUAUUAUAAAUACUUUAUUAAUAUAAAAUCAAACAUAAAAUAAACCAAAAGCAACUGAAAAAGACAUUGUGAAAAACUUCUUGAAUUAAAUCUAAUAAAUAAUAAAAUUCUAGAAUAUCCCUAAUGA